ACACACAUUUGUGCUCAGGUAUCAUAUAAUAUACCAGGCAGACUGAAACCUUCACAUGGCUCUUCAUCUCUCCCUCCUCCUCCUCCUCCUCCUCCUCUUCCUCAUCCUCUACAGAGUAUCAGCAGUACGCAGUGACCAUCCUAAGAGCAGUGGUAAUGCCUCAAUCUCUGAUGACAUCAACCAGAGAGUCUUCACUGUGACCAUGACUGAUCUGGAGCCAGAGGACUCUAAGACUUACAGGUGUGUUGUGGAGAUCAAUGGAGGAUCAGAUAUCAGGAUACAACGGUUCUACCUAUCUGUCACUCCAGGUACUCCAGGACUCUAUGUGGACCAACAGGAUGUGACUGCAGUUGAAGGAGGGAGUGUCACUGUCCGUUGUUACUAUAGUAACUCUGAAGAUAUGAAGUGGUGCAGGAUGGGUGGUGAUUGUGUGUCGUAUUCUGGGAUUUUACAUGGAACAUCAGUGACAUUAAAGCGGACUAGUGAUGCCAACAACAGAAAAGUCUUAACAGUGACUAUGAGUGGACUGAAGAUGGAGAACACUGACUGGUAUUGGUGUGAAGUGGGAGAACUAGAGAUGCCUGUUCACAUCACUGUCAGUCAACAUACUGCAACACAAAUCAUCACUGCUAUCACAACCCAAGCUGAGGGGAACAUGGAGGAAGUCCACCGGAGGUCCAUAGAUGUGAAAGUCCUACUGAUUCCUUGGGUUAUGUUGGUGGUGGUGACAGCUGGUAUCCUAGUCACAUGGAAGAUGUGGACAAAGCAUAAGGACAAUAAGGCCAAGGACCAGACAACUAACAACUCAGUGUCUGCUGACCCUGAGCAGGACAUUAUAUACAGCACAGUGAGCCACACCAGAGAAACAGCACAGCAGUGUGAGCUGGGGUUCUCUCUCUCUAUCCUCAAUCCGUGCAGUGUUGAGCUGAGUAUCUGAAGUUCCUAUACUCUGUCUUCCUAUGCAUGUAGCCAUAUGUUUACCUUCUGUCCUGUCCAUUUCUAAGAGCCCAAACCCAGACAGCCACCAUGACGUGAUGUACAGCACUGUGAUGCCUGAUCAGUUCAAGACAUAACAGAAGGUCAACAUAUGGCUACAUGCAUCUUGGGUCUUAGACAACAUUAUGGCUGUUACUCAUAUAACGUCAUAGCCUUGGCAAAUUUGCAUCUGUUUUAGAAAACAAUUGUAUUUACAGUAUAAUCUUCUGUCUGGGAACAAGCAAUAGAUAAAUGUACACUAUAACAAUAUAACAAUACGUUUUUGUUAUCUGGGUCUCUCUC